CGCCGUCUCUUUCAGUUUCUCCUACCCCCCCGUCAGCUUUCCUUGACUCCUGAGGCGCUUCUGGUGCCCCGUCUUCUCUUUACGACCUUACACGAACUUGUACGACACCCAGCGACAUCCAGUGUGCUUCUCAAUCGCCCACUCGACUUCUACUACAUACUCACGAUCGUCGUUUCCAAUCGCUUCUCUCAUUCUACGAGUCCUCUUUCUUGUUUACAUCUGCCUUGUUUGCUAAAGACUAUGGACAACUGGCGCGUUGCUGUUUUGGGAGAUGGUGGGGUUGGUAAAACCGCGCUAGCCGUGCAAUUUACGUUGAACUGUUUUGUUGAGACAUAUGAUCCGACUAUAGAAGACGCCUAUCGUAAACAACUAGUCGUUGAUAACAAAAUGUGUUUUGUUGAAGUUAUCGAUACUGCGGGACAAGAGGAGUAUGCAACGUUGCGGGAUCAAUGGGUACGCGAGGGACAGGGCUUCAUUCUCGUUUACUCGAUCGCCUCGCGCCAGACAUUCGACCGUCUAGAGGUUUUCCGACAAUCAAUGCUCAAGGUUAAACGCCAGAAGCCGAUAUUCAUGUUGGUAGGCAACAAGUGUGACAAGACGUACGAGCGGGAAGUCUCCAAGGAGGAGGGUGUUCAGAUGGCCAGAAAUUUUGGUUGCGACUUCAUGGAAACAUCAGCCAGGACAGCGUACAACGUCGAGCUCCUGUUCACCAACUUGGUCAGAGCACUCCGUCAGACCAAGCGAGUCGAGCCGGCGGGAGGGUCAGGAUCCACGGCGAAAGAUGGAAAACCUCCAAAAACCAAGAGUAAAGGUUGUAUAAUUAUCUGAUGGAUCUUGGUUUUUCCAGUUGUCCGGGUUUGGUGUGAUUCUAGAUGCUCAGUUCUCCUCUUACCUCCGUUAUUGAUACCUGCAUCCUUCUUGUUUGUCUUUUGUUCCUUUCUUUGCCGCUCAUACGCCUAGGGCACAUCAUGGUCUCCUUUUACCGAUCUCAUGACAUCUCACUUACGUUUGACUGUUCAUUCUCUGACAUUGAGUGGCCGUGGUCAACUUUUGCACAGAAUCUCCAGAGGUUGUUAGCAGCGUACGAGGAUGCCAGCAUGAAGCGAUUUAGUUUAUGUGUGCUACACGUCAGUUCGGACGUAAUCCUUAGAUCUAGCUACGGCAGCCACGACAUACAUGACUGCGGAACGACUAUUUAACUAUUGCUGGCGCAACAGCACCCAAGGAUCAUCGAUCUUUACCCCUGUUUUUUUGGAGCCGACAGUAUCAGACUUUCACAUCACUUAGGCAACCUGAUCAAGAUGCCGUCCGAUAGAAACAACAACCUCGACACCAGUUCGGAAUCGACGGAACCAAAGCCCUUUUGCGACAAUGUUGACUUCGUAAUUCGUUCAACAUACGAUGACGUCCAUUUUGAUGUUCAACGGAGCAGCCUGCUCAGAAGCGAAAUAUUCCGUGACAUGUUUGCCUGUUGCAACCCUGAGCCAAGCAUUGUUCACAGUGAUAAGAGGGGUCAUGUUAUCGACCUCCACGAAUCAGCUCAUACACUCCAGGAGUUAUUUGAUACCCUGCACCA